UGUUUGUAAGGUUGGUUGCCACUCGACUUCAGGGCGUGCCUCGUCAUGAAUACAUUAUAUCCAAAUAAACGCACUCCCUGAAAUGCUGUAAUAUUUAUUUAUAUGUGGAUUCGAUCAUAACUUCUUCAGUUUGCGGUUGUGUUUCGAAGUGACAGGCUUGAUUGUUUUGAUAUGUGGUCCAGGAAAUAUUAUCAGUAUGUGGAAAAGGAAACACAUCGAGUUAGCUCGCUAUGGAAAGUUCUCCAUGUGUCGAUAUUUCUGCUAACAGCCAUCAACUCACUAAUAUCCUCAUAUGGAUAUGGAAACAUCUCAAAAAUUUUUGGUCGUCGCUGUGUACUGUACGCAACACCCAACCUAAAACUACGAGAAGUGACAAACCGAGAAACUUCAACUCGAAAUGUAACUAUCGACGAUAUUACAAUAGAGGCGAUUCUCGACAUGAAUCAGACUGAUUCUACGUUAUCGAGUGAAGAACAAAAAAUGUUGGUUUUGGACUUAUCCAAGCUUGAAAAACUUUCAUACAAAAACAAAACGUUUAUAUCGGAAAGGCGAUUUUGGUUUGAUAAUGGGACUUUGUCGGGAAAGAUCAGUAUGGAAUUCAUGGGUACGGUGUUUGGGAAGACGAUCACUUGUGAUUUUAUCCUCUUCAUUCCGCUUUCGUCUCUGGUCAUUGCUGCUGCCUUGGGAGUUAUAGCGAUUCUUUGCGGAAAAGGCGGGAGAGGAUAUGAAUCAGAUGUAUUGCCUGGAUCUUGGUCGUUUGUUUACCCGGUAAUUUUCACAUCAGCUCUGAUGACUCUCUUGUUAUGA